CAUAUAUAUAGCUUAGGCGGGGUAAGUGAGUCUCUGGAGAGAAUUCUACUACUACUCUCCAGUUCACUCAUACACAUACAUUAAGGAAGAAGACGAAUGAGAUUAUGGCGAUGGACACCAAUUUCGCAUCCUCAUUGUUUGAGAAUCUAAACCUGGAAGAUCCAUGGCUUCCUCCAACUACCUGGGAAUCGAUCCCAUCCGAAAGCGGAAAUUUCCAUCUUCGAAACCCCAAGUCCUCUUCCUCUCACUCCCUCUACCAUGCCUCCACCGUCUCCGAGGCAAGUUUGGUGCGGUUGGCGAUGAAUGCACUGCAAGGAGUUGAAUCGGCCCUUGUUAGCAUCCAGAAGCUUUCUGCUGCAUUUUGCUCUGACCCGGCUGAUAGGACUUUCCAUCAGAUUCCAAGUCUGUGGAAUAGGUCUUCAAGCACUCAUGCUCUGGGAAACAUUCUCCAGCCCAUUGGCUGCUCAGGUUUGCUUGUCUUUCUUCUCCGGAAAUUUGUGGACUACUUUUCGAAUUUGAAUGUGGAAAGUGAAGACCAUGUUGAUGGUGAAGCUCAAGUGAAACAGUGCCCUCCAUAUAGUCUUGUUAAUCAUGCUUUCGCUGUUUCGGUGGGAAAGGUUGUGGAAGGUUACAUGUGUGCACUGGAUACCUUGUAUGCAUCAGUGGGUUUGAGGCGCUCUUCGUGUUCGUCUUCUGUGGUGGGAUGUCUGAACAGUGUAGUGUAUUCUGAACUUACUUUGUUGGAGUUCGAUUUGCACACAAAGGAAUUGAGGACUCAGAUUGAAGCCCUUACGAACUUAUGCAACUUAUAUCAAUUCUCUAGUUGUUUCUCAGUAUCCUCUCUUGAAGAAUUGAUUACAAAAGCAAAUUUGGAAUUUUGUAAUUUCUACAGAGGAGGGGAUUUACUCUCAUAUCUGUAUACUCAUUUACAGGUUGCUGAUCCUGCUCAUCGUCCUUUACUCAAAUUUCUUUUUCUUCAUACAUGUGAACCAUAUUGUGGCUUUAUUAGAUCAUGGAUAUUCAAAGCUGAGAUUAGUGACCCUUACAAGGAGUUUGUUGUAGAAUAUGCUGACAGUCUAUCUCCAAAUCAACAUGGUAAAGCCGACAUCUCUAUUGACUUCCCAUUGGCAACUAUUAGGGAACAAGAUGGAGUUUCUGUUCCUUGUUUUUUGAAGGACGUCUUGAUUCCACUUGUCAGAGCUGGUCAGCAGCUGCAAGUUCUAGUGAAAUUGCUUGAAUUGUGUACUUUUGUUGCCACCAACAACCAUACUUACGAGGGUUUUCUUCCCUGCUGGACUGGAUUUUCUGGCAAUUGUCCAUAUUAUUCGCCUCCAUUGACAUUUAUAAAAGGAAAUGUAGAGGCCACGUUACUUUCAAGGGACAGAUAUUACAGAAGAAUGCAGGAAAAACUCGAGAAUCUUUCAGCGAAAUUAGAGUUCAGAUAUCAACAGGUAGUUCAACCAGGUACACUGCCUGUUCUCUUGGAUAAUGGUGGUAGGAGUUCAACCAACCCAGGUUUAUUUGCUUUGGAUGACAAUUUUAUUCCUUCUCCAACAAAUGAUAAAAGGGAGUCAAAUGGGGUUCAUGAUUUGGAUUCUGGUGAGUUAAGUGCAAGGGAUGGUCUAUUUGACCUCACGGAUUCUUACGAGUCAUCUGAAUGUUCAUUUGACAGUACUUCUGCAGAGCAAAAUGUGUCUGAGCAGAUGGUCGAGCUUCCCAAUCAUAUUGUUGGGCUGGAACAAAAAUAUUUAUCUGCCUUAAGCUUUUCAAUGAGUAUGCCCGUUGAUAAUUUGCAAAAGCCUCAUGUAUGUGAAGAGUCAUGCCAUAUAGUAAGUGACCAGAGUAGACUUUGUGAAAGAAGAGAUGCCCUAGCACAUUCUCAUCAUAAAGAUUGUCUAUCUGAUAAGGACUGGCCAGAAGGUGGUCUUUUUGAGAGUUAUUCUGCCAUUGAUGAAGAGUACAAAGAUGGUCGAAGGUCACAUCCAAUGGAUUCUCCCUCAAAGGUGAAUGAAAGAAUACUAGAGGCCUUAAAGGAGGGCACAUCAUAUUUCAGAAAAGGAGUUGGGACUAAUAGUGCUUUAAUUGAAGAAGCCUAUGGCAAGGAUCAACCUCAAAAUGUGACAUAUACUUCUUCAGAUUUAUUUACAUUACAACAGUGGAAAGUUAACUCCCAUAACAAUUUUCUCAGCAUGAAUCCAAUGUUGACAAAGAAUAACUUACUUCACCUGAUAACCAAGCCUGGAGAGAGAUAUGGAAGGCAAUUUGGACAUUCUUUGCCUUGCUUUGAAUUUUCUUUGAUAAAAGACCCUUUUAAGGUGGAUCUGGAAAAGCUACCUGCAGGGCUCAUGGACUCCAAUGCCUCUGUUACCAGUGUUAAGAGUGAUCGCUUUCGGAAACAAGAUUUUGGUGGGGAUAGUAUCUCGAUUGAUAAAACCAAAUUAUCUGAUUCUAUUCCAUUUUCAGACUCAAAGGACCACGACCAAGAAAAUGCUAAUUUAACAAAUGUUUCCGGUGGUAGUUGUUGGGCGAGUUUGCUUGGUAGAUUCAGUGACACUGUUGUUAAUAGAGUUGAAGAUCACAGACAAAGCUUGUCAGAAAUUUUUGAGAUACCACUUGAUUUUAUUAUCGACAAAUGCCUUCUGCAGGAAAUCAUGCUUCAAUAUAAGUAUGUCAGCAAGUUAACUAUUAAGUUGCUUGAAGAAGGAUUUGAUUUGCAAGAACAUUUACUGGCUCUGCGGCGAUACCACUUUAUGGAACUAGCGGACUGGGCAGAUUUGUUUAUUAUGUCCCUUUGGCAUCAUAAAUGGUGUGUUACAGAGGCAGAUCAUAGACUUUCAGAAAUUCAAGGUUUCCUUGAGUCAUCAGUUCAGAGGUCAUCAUGUGAACGUGACCCUCAUAAGGACAGGUUAUUUGUGUACAUGAAAGGACAUGAUGCAAUGCCUCUUUCAGCAUCUGUUACUGGAGUCCAUUCCUUCAAUUUUCUUGGUUUGGGUUAUAGAGUAGACUGGCCAAUCAGUAUUAUUUUGAGUCCUAGUGCAUUGAAAAUGUAUGCUGAGAUAUUCAGCUUUCUGAUACAAGUGAAGCUUGCUAUUUUCUCAUUGACUGAUGUAUGGCGCCAAUUAAAGGAUUUGGUGCACUCAAUUAGUCAGAAUAACAACUCUGAACAAAAUGAAAGGGAAGUGAGUCAUUUCAAUGCAUUAGUGAAGAUGAGGCACCAGGUCAAUCAUUUUGUAUCUACAUUACAGCAAUAUGUGGAGUCACAGCUAUCACAUGUAUCAUGGUGCAGGUUUCUAUACUCACUUAAGCAUAAGGUCAAAGAUAUGAUGGAUCUUCAGUCUGUACAUCUGGCAUAUUUAAUAGAUUCGCUUGACAUAUGUUUCCUCUCUGAUGAAACACGACCUAUAGCUCGGAUCAUUGAGAGCAUUCUGCAGUGUGCUCUUGACUUCAGGUCGUGUCUUACCGGGGAAAUGUGGGAUGCGGGAACAAGUCAAGGGAAUUUAAUGGCAAGACUUUCUGGAAUCAAUAUAUCUCAGGUGGUCGUAAUAAAACAAACAUUUGACAAGAAUAUGAAAGAACUGCACCUCUGUUACCUCAAGUCACCUAAACAUGGGAAAUUUGGACUCUCUCAUUUUUGGGAAUACCUCAACUACAACAAGUAUUACUCGGAUGUUGGUAAUGAAAUGGCCUAUUAUGCCUUCUCAGUCUAAAGCUCUGUGAUAUGAUCGUUGCAGUAAGUGAGAAAUGGGGAUUCAUAUCGUGCUUGAAGCAGCUUCAUUGAUUACGAUGGUUGAGGAGGGUAACUUCUCAAAGAAUCACAGUGGAUGAUAUGCCCGACCGAUGUGCAUAAAGUAUGCAAGGAUUCCUCAGCCCUUGGUAGCUCCAUUGGACACGUUGCAUAUCAUUCUUCUCAGUUUGGUCUUGUUCCUUGAGGUAGGAAAUUCCUACACUAAUCUUUGUUUGGCCUUUUGAAAAUCUAAAUCACAACGCGUACAUUUUUUUUUUCUUCCCCGUUUUGUUUUGUAAGAGUGAAGGAUAGUUACUACUUGUUGUCGGACACUAGUGACUUGAGUGUUGAGAGCUGUGUAUAUGGAGGAGAAAUGAUUAUAUCCAUUUUGUAUUAUAGACAAUUUUGGUAAUGGCAUUCGUUGUUUCUCUA